AUGAAUAUUGAAAUUCAUAAAACACAUAUGAAAACAUUUGGAAAUAAUAUAUUAAUAACCCAUACUUCAUUUGGUGAACCACAAAAAGUUUCAGCUAUAGAGGGCACAUUUGUUUAUCAUGGAGUAAAGCAUGCACAUAGCUAUAUUUCUCAACAGUGUACAAUAAAUCUAAUAAAAGAUUUAUUUACACCAUAUUCCAGCACUGCUAAAAAUUUAGCAUGUGCAAGAACAAAAUCAAGAACUAAUGCUUAUAAUGUACUUGCCCCUUAUUACACAUUCAAAUUAAUCGAUGAAAUGUCACAAUCCUAA